GUUAAAUUUUUUACUUUCCCAAGAAGCAAACUAAGUAUGGCCAGUGCUCUCUCCCUCAGAACCUCUCUCUUUCACACCCUCACUCUCACCACCAAACACUUCUCUGCCACUUCCUUUCCCACCAAAACCCUAUCUUUUCCUCUCAAAGCUGCAAAGAUGGAGGGAAGUGAAAUUACAGAGAAAGAGGAAGUGGGUGUCACUGAAAAGAAGAAAAUAUUUGUUGCUGGUGCCACUGGAAGCACUGGCAAGAGGAUUGUUCAGCAGCUUUUGGCCAAGGGUUUCGCUGUCAAGGCCGGUGUCCGCGACAUCGAUAAGGCGAAAACAAGCUUUUCCAUCAACAACCCAGAUCUUCAAUUUGUGAAAGCAGAUGUAACUGAGGGUUCAACAAAGCUAGCUGAAGCCAUUGGUGCUGAUUCAGAUGCUGUGAUAUGUGCCACAGGUUUUAGCCGUUCAUGGGAUUUGUUGGCUCCAUGGAAGGUUGAUAAUUUUGGCACGGUAAGCCUUGUUGAAGCAUGCAGCAAACUUGGUGUAAAUAGAUUCAUCCUCAUUAGUUCCAUUUUAGUCAAUGGGGCUGCAAUGGGGCAGUUCUUGAACCCGGCUUAUAUAAUUCUCAAUGUGUUUGGACUCGUUUUAAUAGCAAAGCUUCAAGCAGAGCAAUAUAUCAGGAGAUCUGGCAUAAACUAUACAAUCAUUAGGCCUGGUGGGUUGAAAAAUGAUCCCCCGAAAGGAAAUAUAGUCAUGGAGCCAGAGGAUACUCUGUACGAUGGAUCCAUAUCUAGAGAUCAGGUUGCCGAAGUUGCUGUUGAGGCAUUGAUUCAUCCAGAAUCGUCCUACAAAGUAGUCGAGAUAGUUGCUCGUGAUGAAGCUCCCAAGCGUUCAUUUGAGGACUUAUUUGGCUCCAUUAAGCAACGGUGAUUUUGUUUAUGAAAGUGGAAUUACAGGGUACACAGAAUUUAGUUUUUUUGUUGCUUUUAAGCAUAAGGCAAUUUUGUCUGAUAUCCACAUAAUUUAUUUAAUUUUCCUCCAUGAAAUUCGAGAAGAAAUAUACUGAGA